AUGAAGCCUGACUACAGGCUGUAUCUAGUAACAGACUCCACGCCCGCGAUCCUCGGCGCCAAGGACAUUUGUGACGUCGUCGACCGCGCACUCCAAGGCGGCGUCACCAUCGUGCAAUACAGAGACAAGACGAGCGACACGGGCGUGCUCAUCUCGACUGCGAGGAGGCUCCAUGAGGUCACGAGGAGGCACAAAGUUCCCUUGCUCAUCAACGACCGGGUGGAUGUCGCCCUUGCCGUGGGCUGCGAGGGGGUUCAUCUCGGUCAGGAUGAUAUGGACAUCUCUACAGCAAGAAAGAUCCUCGGCGAGGACAAGAUCAUCGGCAUAACAGCCAACACCGUCAAUGAGGCCGUUACUGCUUGCGAGCAGGGAGCAGACUAUCUUGGUAUAGGGACAAUAUUCUCUACCCAGACCAAGAAGGAUACAAAGUCCGUGAUAGGGCCCGAGGGGCUCAGGCACACUCUCGACAUUAUCAACGAUAGGGGCCACGGGGACAUGCCUACCGUCUGCAUUGGAGGCAUCAACGCGUCCAAUGUUAUACAGGUCAUGUUUCAAGGUGGUUUGGCUGAAAAGCCCGUGGAUGGCGUCGCGGUCGUCAGCGCCAUCAUGGCUGCCGAGGACCCGACCGCAGCGUCCCGGCAGCUUCUAGACCUUGUACAGGAGAGCAACAGGCUCAACGGGUUGUCGCAACCCGAUUCAGGACUACGACUAGUGACGAAGAAGGAAGACCUCUUGGGACUGGUAUCCAAGGUCAUCAAGAGUAUUCAUGAAACGAAGCCGCUGUCUCACAACAUGACAAACCUGGUCGUCCAAAACUUCGCAGCAAACGUAGCACUGUCGAUAGGUGCCUCUCCGAUCAUGUCUAAUUAUGGCGCGGAGGCAGCGGAUCUGGCCAAGCUGGGAGGUGCCUUGGUGAUCAACAUGGGCACCGUGACGCCAGAAGGGCUGGAAAAUUACAAGAAAGCCCUCCAGGCUUAUAAUGCUGCCCGGCAACCAGUAGUCUUUGAUCCAGUAGGCGCCGGCGCGACAGCCGUACGGAGAGCGGCAGUAAGAGACAUUCUCGCCGGCGGCUACAUCGACGUGAUCAAAGGCAACGAGAGCGAGAUUAAGACUGUCUGGUAUGGAGGCAACGGCGGCGACGCAGAGAGCCAGCGCGGCGUAGACAGCAGCAGCACGUUGUCGCUGGAACAGAAGGUCCACCUCGUCUGCCAGGUGGCCGAACGCAAGCAGGCCUUUGCCGUGAUGACGGGCAAGACGGAUUUCGUCAGCGAUGGCAAGAGGACGGUCAUGGUCGAGAACGGCCAUGAGUACCUGGGCAUGAUCACAGGAACAGGGUGCACCCUCGGCACCACCAUCUCCGCAGCGGUGGCUGCUUGGUCGAACAAGGGGGACAGGCUGGCAGCUAUCGUGGCCGGGAUCCUGCUUUUCGAGAUUGCCGCCGAGGAGGCGGCGGGGAAGAGCAGCGUACAGGGCCCGGGAACGUUCGUGCCGGCCUUCUUGGACUCGCUGUAUGAGCUUCGAAUGAGGACUGUCGAGGACGAUCUGGGGUGGCUCGACCAAGAGAGGAUUACCGUGUUCACCUCGUGAAUGUAACUGCGAUAAAUUAGGUUGGAGAUCUACGACAAUUAUGAAGAGGGCAAGCUAGAUGAAUGCACUACAGAGCUUUGAAUGUG